AUGGUGAAAUUCUACGCAACCGCGGUUGCGGCGUGCUUCGGGCUCGUGGGCACAUCAGCUCAGGAGAGCGGUUACGAUCGACAAGCUUUACAGCGUUUAACCGAGUACCGCCAAGUGCACCGGAAGACCAUAGAUGGAAGGCUCUGUGCGGCCGCCUUCGUUCAGGACAAUGUUACGUACACCGACUGCACUGACAGCAAGGCACCUGAUGGGACAGUCGGUCGGAUGUGGUGUUACGUCGAAGUCCAGUUGUUGGGCAAAGGCAUUAGGGACUGGGACUAUUGCCAAGACGUAGUUAAUUAUGACGAUGUUCGUGCCAGCGCUAGGUCGCUAUUCCAUCGGAAGGCGGCGGAAAUGGCAUCAGCAGCACACCAAAUGGAUACGCAGGUCGAGAGGUUGAGAGAUACCGUACACAGACAUCUGGAGGUAGUUAGUAGAAAGUCGAAUGUUGUCAGUGGGCGAUCUCGGGAAGCUGAGGAUGUUCUCACAGGCGCACAACAAUCACUGUCGGAGCUCCAAGCGGGCGCAUCGAAAAUCCAUCAACUGCAGCAGACGAUCGUGUCCGUGAAGCAGGAUAUUGCCGGAGACUAUGAAAAGGCCGCCGCCAAUACACUGAACUGUGAAGUUGUCAGGGGAUACGAAGACAAGCCACAGGCAGACGGUCUACGUGCAAGCUUUUACAACAACGCACGCUUCCGCGGCCCGCCAAUUGCUUACGCGGACGACAGAGUUUUGAACGCUAUGUGGGAAUCUUCGUCUCCGGCGAAAGGCGUUCCCUACCAAGAUUUCUCAGUCCGAUGGGAUGGUUAUGUCAUGGCACCUACAACUGGAAGGUUUGAGUUCGCUAUCCAUGCAGACUGUGGGGCUAGGGUAUUCCUCGAUGGAUCACCGAUAAUCGUUGAUCGGAUGCCGAUACCUGCGGAGGGAUCCGCGUUUUCGGACAACCCGAUCAGAAUCCUUGAGCCAACGGAAGAUACCGGACUCCGAAAGACGUACUCAGCUCCUCAGCAACUGGAAGGAGGCCGGCGUUACAGACUACGAGUGGAAUAUUUCCAUCUUAGCGCACUCAAAUUCAUCAACGCUGACCGAGCAAAGGUCUCCUUGGGGUGGAGAUCAAGCUCAACUCCAGACCAAAUAAUCCCGACCGAGUAUCUCUUCAAAGGCACCUCAUUUCCCGCAUUACGCAUCAGCGGCCUCUCUGGAGAUACCUUUGACAUGUCUCUGUUAGAAAAUGGAGUUUUAGCAUUCACCGAUUCCACGGAGUAUCUGGUCGCGGACAUUCCUUCAAAAUACGAAGGGUCCCAAAUGAUCCGAACACGAACAAAUCCAAGCAAAAGCGCACUGCAGCUUGAAGUGUCCGCUGACGCAUAUAUAUAUGUCGCUGUCCCGCACGGUGGAGUCCGACCUGUUCAGCACUCCGCAGAACAUUUUCAGCCGUUGCGUUUCGAGGACACCGGAGACAGUCUGUCCAUAUACCUCGUUGAAAGAGACGCGGUGAAAGCGAGUCAACAAAUUCCUUUUGACAUACACGGGGGACGAACUCUAGCCGGCGUUACGGGAUUUUCUCUUCCUGUUGGCACAUCAUUUAUGGUCUUCGUUGCUCCGGCAAGGAGAGCUGAGCAAGUGUGUGAGGGAGAGUCCCAGGUGGCUUCGCUGACAGGUUCUGAGCUGUUUAGCUCAUGCACGUCAUCCUCGUACGCUUCGGCCGCUUACAAUUGCAACGCCGGCUUCUCGGGGAAAAACCUGGACUUGCCAUUUGGUGCCUGGAGAACUUCAUCGGGUCAUGGAGUCGGCCAGUACAUCAUGGUUUAUUUCACGGAGCCUGUACAACUUGCUGCAUUUCAAUUCAAGCCACUGGAUGACCCGACUUCGUGGCCAACUGAAAUUUCAAUUGAGUUCCCAGGCUCUCGUGAUGUACAAAGGAUUCCGGUGCAGGCUGGGGAUCACACGUACCAGCUCAGUCCUCAUACGACGACGGCAGUAAAGGCUACGAUAACAGCUAUGCGGGACCCUCUCGCCCUUGUCGCAACUGGAGGGUCUUUUUCUUUCAUUGGCUCUCCCUGUAUUCAGUCAGCGUCCGUUGCUAGGCGGCAAGAGCAAUCUAUUUCCAUCGCGUUUGGAGGUGGGGCUAGCGGCUUUGUUCCUGCUGGAUAUGUCUUAGACGACGGAUCCGCCAAAGCUGCUCACGGGAGCUUUUUCUACGGAUGGGAUCAUGAGACCGUACCUGUUAAUCCGAAGCUCUGCCGUCAAGAGUCUUCCAUGACCGGCGGUGUGUCGUUCCCAGAACCGAAUUGCUCGGAGGCAGACAAGUGUAGCAGCUUAGUUGACUGUAACUAUCCCAAUUCGUGGUCCAUCGACAUGCCCUCUUACGGUAGUUAUCGUAUGCUGGUGGGAGUUGGGUCUCCUUGCGGAGAUGCCCACGCGAAUAGCCUUUUUAUCAAUGGUGUUCCGUUCAUUGUGAACGAGGUACUUCAUGCAGGCCAAUAUAGCUCGGUGAGUGCAAUCACUCGCAAGAACAAUAAAAGAUACGACACAGCCGACGAUUUUUUAGGCAACUGGUCAGGUCUCUCUCACCACUUCUGCGACUAUCACCCUCACGUCAAACACUCGGACUACGCUUCAAUCUAUCAAAAUUGA